AUUCUGCAGGAUUUCAAGGGGCAGCCAUCUUUGUUACUAUUUUGUUAUUGUUUAUGCCUAUGGACAUGGUCCAAAGAAAUACCAAGAUAGUGUCUUAAAAAUACCAUGAAUUUACAUUAGGCCUACUUCUGUGUUUUCAAAGCAAUGCAAUCUUUUUCUUUUAAUUUUGACUUGGUGUUAAUACAAUAUGCUUCUUAUUGUUCUGUCUUCUUUUUAUCUAGUUAAAUAUUGUCUAUAUCUAUUCUGAAUUAUUCUGAUAUAUAGAGAAUCUAAAUUUAACUAGGCCUACAAUAAAUAUCAGCACAGUUUAUUACCAAAAAUUAAUUGACCUUUAUUGCCUUUAUUAGCCUUUAAGAACCUUGUCAUAUUAAUAUAGUAAUUAGUCUAGUUCUAGCAGUUAGAUUAUGAGUCUAAUUAAUAGACUUAAGGGGACUACCGGUAUAACUAGAUCUAGCAUAUUAUUUAGCUUCAAAAAUAAAAACCAACAAAAACCCAAAUCGGAGAGAAAACCCAAGAUACAAGAUAACAGUCUAAACAAUAACAAAGAUGGCUGCCCCUUGAACUCCUGCAGAAUUACCCUUUAUGGUUAUAUUAACAUAAUAUAUAAGAUAUUUGAUAUUAUGAUUUGUCCUCUUUUUGCUGGAUGUCUGAAAAAUUAAUUGAAUUUGUCCUAAAUCAAAACAAAAGAAAAAGUAUAGUAACCAAUGCAAGAGUAUUUGUUAAUACUUUCAUCAAAAGAAGAAGAAGACAUCAAAGUGUCUCUGAUGGCUGAUAUAGAGCAUGAGUCCAGUCUUGACCUGGACAAUGUAAUAAAACAUGAGAAGAUAGAAAGUCUUAAUGAAAUAUGUUUGAUAACACAGUCAUGUAAACUACAAGACAUGAAAUUGUCACAUGUAAAAAUUGAAAAGACUGAAGUAGAUGAAGUAACUUCUUCCAUACAACCAUUUGAAAACUACUGCCAUGGUCAAACUUAUAAUGUAAUCCCUGGACAUCAGGCAAAUGAUGUUCUAAAGCAGGAGAUAAAAAUGUCUUGUUCUACUGAAAGUGAUGAACCAUUGUCCUUAGCAUCAAGACUACUGGCUAUGUCAAAGAAGGCAGACAGAAACUUUUAUCCAGUGCCCAUCAUUUUGCCAAACUUAAAACUGACUGGACACAUACCUCUCCCAGAACUGCCAUUGAGCGAGAUAAAAAACAUGAGGCAAGAAGAAGAAAUGACUUCAACAAAUGUAAUGCAUGAUCAUAUGGAACCAAGCCUAUCCAAUGAAAUUGUUUCAGAUAAAAUCAAGAAAUCUACUUGCACUGAUAAUCAUCAAAUAAAUAAACUUUUCACUUGCCAUAUUUGUCAAAAAGGAUUUUCUAGCUCUAAAAUAUUACAAAAUCCUGAGUUGAUUCAUGCUGGUGAAAAAACAUUUAAAUGUCAAAUAUGUCUAGAAAGAUUAUCUCAUUAUCGUCAUUGGAAACAACACCAACCUGUUCAUACUGGGGAAAAACCAUUUAAAUGUCCAAUAUGCAAGAAAGGAUUUUCUCAGUCUAGUGAUUUGAAACUCCACCAACUGACUCACAGUGGUGAAAAACCAUUUAAAUGUCAAAUAUGUCAGAAAGGAUUUGCUAGCACUAAAGGUUUGAAAUUCCACCAACUGACUCAUACUGGUGAACAACCAUUUAAAUGUCCCAUAUGUCAGAAAGGAUUUGCUAGCACUAAAGGUUUGAAAUUCCACCAACAGGCUCAUACUGGUGAACAACCAUUUAAAUGUCCCAUAUGUCAGAAAGGAUUUGCUAGCACUAAAGGUUUGAAAUUCCACCAACAGGCUCAUACUGGUGAACAACCAUUUAAAUGUCCCAUAUGUCAGAAAGGAUUUCCUCUGUCUAUAAAUUUAAAGAACCACCAACUGACUCAUACUGGGGAAAAACCAUUUAAAUGUAAAAUAUGUGAGAAAGGAUUUUCUAUGUCUAGAUUUUUGAAACGACACCACAGAGUUCAUACUGGUGAAAAACCAUUUAAAUGUCCAAUAUGUCAGAAAGGAUUUUCUCAGUCUCAAAGUUUGAAACUCCACCAAAUGACUCAUACUGGUGAAAAGCCAUUUAAAUGUCAAAUAUGUGAGAAAGGAUUUUCUAUGUGUAGAUUUUUGAAACGACACCACAGAGUUCAUACUGGUGAAAAACCAUUUAAAUGUCCAAUAUGUCAGAAAGGAUUUUCUCAGUCUCAAAGUUUGAAACUCCACCAACUGACUCAUACUGGUGAAAAGCCAUUUAAAUGUCCAAUAUGUCAGAAAGGAUUUUAUAGUUCUAGUUAUUUGAAAAGACACCAACUGAGUCAUGCUGAUGAAAAACCAUUUAAAUGUCAAAUAUGUCAGAAAGGAUUUUCUAGGUCUAGUUAUUUGAAAGAACACCAACUGAUUCAUACUGGUGAACAACCAUUUAAAUGUGACACAUGUGGAAAAGGAUUAUCUAAUUCUUAUUCUUUGAAAAAACACCAACUAGUUCAUACUGGCGAAAAACCAUUUAAAUGUCCAAUAUGUCAGAAAGCAUUUUGUCAGUUUAGUAAGUUGAAGCACCACCAACUAGUUCAUACUGGCGAAAAACCAUUUAAAUGUCCAAUAUGUCAGAAAGGAUUUUCUAUUUCUGGUCAUUUGAAAAGACACCAACAGACUCAUACUGGGGAAAAGCCAUUUAAAUGUCCAAUAUGUCUGAAAGGAUUUUCUAGGUCUAGUUAUUUGAAACAACACCAACUGAGUCAUACUGGUGAAAAACCAUUUAAAUGUGACACAUGUGGAAAAGGAUUAUCUAAUUCUUCUUCUUUGAAAAAACACCAUCUAGUUCAUACUGGCGAUAAACCAUUUAAAUUUUCCAAUAUGUGAGAAAGCAUUUUAUCAGUCUAGUAAUUUGAAACACCACCAACUAGUUCAUACUGGUGAAAAAAACAUUUAAAUGUGACACGUGUAAAAAGUUUAGCUAAUUCUUCUUCAAGAAGACACCCACUGACUUAUACUGGUAAAAAAACAUUAAAAUGUCAGAAAGGAUUUGCCAAUUCUAAAUAUUUGAAACUCCGCCAACUGACUUAUACUGGUGAAAAAACAUUUAAAUGUCAGAAAGGAUUUUCUACGUCUAGUAAUUUGAAACAACACCAACUAGUUCAUACUGGUGAAAAAACAUUUAAAUGUGACACAUGUGGAAAAAGAUUAGCUAAUUCUUUAUCUUUAAAAAGACACCAACUGAUUCAUACUGGUGAACAACUAUUUAAAUGUCAAAUAUGUCAGAAAGGAUUUUCUCAGUCUAUUAAUUUGAAUCACCACCAACUGACUCAUUCUGGUGAAAGACCAUUAAAAUGUUAAAUGGGUAUAUCAGAAAGGAUUUUCUAGGUCUAUUAAUUUGAAUCACCACUGACUCAUUCUGGUGAAAAACCAUUUAAAUGUUAAUGUCAAAUACAUCAGAAAAGAUUGUCUAACUCUUGUAUUUUGAAACAACACCUACUGGUUCAUACUGGUGAAACAUUUAAAUGUCCAAUAUGUCAGAAAGGAUUUUCUCAUUCUUAUUGUUUAAAAAUCCACAAACUGAUUCAUACUGUUGAAAAAACAUUUAAAUGUCAAAUAUGUCAGUAUGGAUUUUCUAAGCCAAGUUAUUUAAAAUGACACCAACUUGUUCAUACUUUUGAAAAACCAUUUAAAUGUCAAAUAUGUCAAGAAAGAUUUUCUCAUGAUCGUCAUUGGAAACAACACCAACAGGUUCAUACUGGUGAACAACCAUUUAAAUGUCAAAUAUGUCUAGUCUUUUGAAACAACAACAACUGAAUCAUCCAUCCCAGUGGCGCUACAGCCCAUGGAGAACUCUGGCCUGCUUUAACACAUCCUUCCAUUCAGAUCUCUCCUGGUCCUUUGUCUACACGCCCUAAUCCCAAGCUGCUUCAGAUCUGCUUCCACAUCAUCUAUCCAACGCAUUCGGGGUCUGCCUUUGGGUCGCUUUCCUUUUGGUUUUUGCCUGUAUACGAUUUUCGCUCCUCUGUUGUCUGACAUUCUUUCAAGGUGACCUGCCCAAAGUAGUCUGUUCUAUUUUUAUUUCGUUCACUAUUGGUGGGUCUUCAUAUAGUUGAUAUAUCUCUUGGUUAGUGCGUGUCCUCCACCCUGUUUCAUCCUGUAUGGCACCAUAGAUUUUUCUAAGAAUUUUUCUUUCCCAAGUGUUAAGUAAAUUUUCAGAUGUCUUUGUCAGUGUCCAGGUCUCACUUCCAUACAUUGCUGCUGGUCUUAUUAUGGUUUUGUAUAUUAUUUUUUUGGUUUUCCUUGAAAUCGUUUUGCUCUUAAGUAAAUGGUGGGUGCUAUAAAAUGCCCUGUUGCCUGCUGCUAUUCUUUCCUUUAUUUCUGUUAGUAGGUCAUUUUUUAAAUUAAUAGUACUUCCUAUAUAUUUGAAAGUUUGGACAUUUUCAAAUUCGUGGUCUUUGAUUUUGAUAUUUUGUCCCUCUGUUUGAUUGUCUCUUGUCAAUGUGAUGUACUUGGUUUUACUGUCAUUGUCCUGCUGGUCGAGAUGCUUCUUCUAGUUGUAUGAAGGCUCUAGCGAUGUCAGAGGUUUCUUUACCCAAUAAGGCAAUGUCAUCGGCAUAAGCAAGGUAUUGUAGAGGUUGGCUGUAUAUCGUCCCUGUUGGUUGUGGACCCGUGUUUUCUCUCAUGAAGUAGUUAGUAAUAGUUCCCCUUGUGUUUAUGUGUAUAUUUCUUAUAACUCUCUCCAGUGUUAAAUUGAAAAGCAUGCAGGAAAGUGCGUCUCCUUGUCUUAAUCCUCGUUUAAUCCUAAAUUCCAAUGAGUGUUCUCCUUGUAUUAUGACUUUGCUUUUUGAGUUGUUUAAUGUCAUAUGUAUAAGUCUUGUCAGCGUGUUGGGUAUUCCAAAAUCCUGUAGAGUGUCUUAUAGGUAUUUCCUUCUGAUACUGUCAUAAGCCAUUUUAUAGUCUAUAAAGAGUUGGUGGAUUGGUAUGUUGUAUUCAUGUCAUUUUUCUAGUAUACAUCUUAGUGUGAAGAUGUGGUCGGUUGUGGAUUUGUUGGGUCUGAAACCACAUUGGUAGUCACCUAAGAUUUCUUCUGAAUAUUUUCCAAGUCUCUUAGUUAUAAGCCUAGGACCAUGAAGAAUCACAAAGCACCAGGAGAGGACCAAAUCCCAGCAGAACUACUUAAAUAUGGAGGGAAAGACUUAUAUUCCCAAAUACACAGGCUAAUAUCAAGAAUUUGGGAAGAAGAAGUAAUACCAACAGAAUGGGAAACGGCUCUUAUAACCCCAAUACACUAAAAAGGAUCCAAGUUAAAGUGCUGUAAUGCAACUGAAUCAUGCUGGUGAAAAAACAUUUAAAUGUGACACAUGUGGAAGAAGAUUAGCUAAUUCUUCAGCUUUAAAAAGACACCAACUGAUUCAUACUGGUAAAAAAACAUUUAAAUAUAAAAUAUGUCAGAAAGGAUUUUCUAGGUCUAGUAAUUUGAAAAACAUGUAAAUGUGACAUGUGGAAAAGUAUUCUCUCUUGCUUCAUAUUUGAAACAACACUGCUUGGUUCAUAAUAAAGUGAAGUUCCCUUUCAGACCUUGUGGCCUAUAGGGAAGAUCACAUAAAUGUCAUCUGGUUUUGUUGCCAUCUAUUUAUGAGGCUGUUAUGUGGCCAGCACAACGACCAACCGCCUUUUACUUUUCUGCAACUGUCAUCAGUUACCCAUUAGAGCUGGUGAACUCAAAGAUCCUGAAAUUAAAAAUCCAAGUCUUCACCAGGAUUCGAACCCUUGACCCGCAGUUCAGAAGGCAAUCACUUUAUUGCUCAGCCACCGUGCGUCCUAUUUCGAACAGCACUAUUUAUUUAUUAUGAUGAAAGACCAUGUAAGCCCUAAAUGACACAUAUGUGGGAAAGGAAUUUCUGUCACUUCACGUUUGAAACACUACCACCUGGUUCAUUAUUUUCAAGACAUUUGUAUGGAAUAAAGGAGUUUUCUAAUUGAUGUGGAAACAAACAAAACACUUUUUUCAUAACUCUGUAGGACCAUUUAAAUAUCAAAGAAAAGUAUUUUCACAUCACAGUGCCUAAUUUCAAAACAUUAUUAACUGGUUCAUAGAAGUUCCCCUUUUCAGACCUUGUGAUCUCUAGGACAGAUGAUGUUAAGGUCAUCUGUUUCUUUGGCCAAUGGUUAACAAGCAAGGCAUAAUGUGGCCAGCACAACGACCAACCAUCUUUACUUUCCCAACUAAAGUCAGGAACCCGUCACAGUGGGUUUGUUUCAAGGGCGCCCAAAAAAUCCUGAAGCUCAAAAUCCAACUCUUCACAAGAAUGGAACCCGGGACCCCAGGUUCGGAAGCCAAGCGCUUAAGCAUUUAGACACAGCGCUCCUCAACUAGUUAAAUCAAGUCAAUAAAACUUGUCAAAUUUUUCACAAAAUCUUCGUUUACUUACUGUAUUAGAAACAGAAUUAAUUGGAUUUAAAUGUGACAAUGUCAAAAAGAUUAGUUACCUUCUCAUUUUGGAAAAUUCACUUUACAGUUCAUACUGGUGGAAAAUUACAUUAAUAUGUGUCACGUGUUUAUUAUGUUUGUAAAACUUAAUGAGAUAAACUUGUGACAUAUGCAGGUUCGGAGGUGUCAUAAUUAUGGUUCAAAAACUUUAAUAUUCAAUGAAGUAACAAAGUGCCGAUAUGUUUUUCUAGAGUUUUAAUUAUUUUAAAAUUGGAUUUGCAAAAAUAAAUGUAUGUACAAAGUUAUAUAACGCAGAUACAGAAUUCAGUAAAAAUUAUCAAUAAAAUGAGUAACUAUAGCCUAUACUUUUAAACUAGCUCUCUCUCUCUCUCUCUCUCUCUCUCUCUCUCUCUCUCUCUCUCUCUCUCUCUCUCUCUCUCUCUCUCUCUCUCUGCUGUAGCAUUGAAUUAAGUUUUAAUCGUUGUCUUUCUGGCUUUCAAGCGUGGUAACGACCUAAUUUAAGAUUGGUACUCUUGUGUUCAUUUUUUUUGUGAACAAUGAGGUGUCAUCAGUGACGUGACAUAUACCCCCGAAUCAGAAACCCCAUUAGUAACGAACCAUGCUGAGAAUUACUCCCUUAGAGCAUGGAAGAGGAAGCUGGCAGUGAGUUUUAAGGUCGCCUUGUCCCCAAACAAGGACAGACCUAAUGCCGCACUUGGACCGGUAUUCUCUCUCUCUCAUUUCCUUGUCCCAAUCGUCCCUCAUGCAAAACGCGACAUUCAUAAAUAAUGUGGUUGACUGUUUCACUGUCCUCGACUCAGUGGCGGCACCGUGUGUCGUAUUUCUUUUUCCACCAUCCAAAGUACGCACCUAUUGGACAGUGUCCGACUCGAAACUGGGCUAGGACGGCCUGUUCCGCACGGCUGAGCUCCCACCAUGCGUCCUUUCGGUAUGGUCUACUCAUCUGCUUAUGUAGCUCUCGGCCCUUGUCGGAAGCGUCCCAGCUGUCGAACCAAUGUGCCGACAAACGGAAGUCGGCUAUGGAUUAUGCAUUCGCUAUAGUGCAAUGUUCAUCAUCUGCUCGCUGACGUCGCUAAAAAGUCAGCCCUCUGAUGACUGACUAGACCACAAUUGGCUGGAACCCACUGAAUAUAGCUAUUUACAUUGAGCUGUAGAAGGCGCUCCACCACCGCGAGGAACGCUUACUGCAUGCUGCCCAUCGAGGGCAGAGAUUGAGUAGGUGAAAAUAGGGUCGUGGAUCCAUUUCCGACUCUUUUCGCUACCCACUCCAAUGCUACGAGCAUUGCCUUCAGUUCGUCUUCCGUGCUGCUUUCCCCAUGGCAGGGUCCACUCAGCCCCACACUUUCGGGAUUGCCAGAGUCGAACCGCCGCCCCAUACCCAGCUUUCACAGUGCCCUCGAGCGUCUGCACAGAUCCGCCCGCGUAGAUGGUGGACACUCAAGCCGUAUACGAAGCAAUAGUUUCUCUGACUGUAUUUAGUAGCCGUGUAGGAUCGCAACGCUUAAUCACCAUAAUUUUCCCAGCGGCAAUUGGCAUUGUGCGAAAGGUACCACAGAUGAGUCCGAUGGCUUGAUUCUGAACAGCUUCUUCGCUAUAGACGUUUGCGACGCCCAGACAUGAACAGGUAAACUGUAAUCCUCAAGAGACCGAACUGCGCCCAUGUACAGUGAUCUCAGUAGACACGCCUUCGCUCCCCAUUUCGUUCCAGCUAGCUUUUUUACGAUGUUCAACCUCUCGGAUGCUGUUUCGUUCGCGUACAUGCUGGAUAUGGUCGCACAGGGUCAAUCUGAUCGAGGAUGACCCCGAGGUACUUGGGCUUUUUGUCCCAUGCUAGAAUCUUGCCGUCCAUCCGUAGCUCAACUGGUUCCUUUAUUAUAUCACGUCCUAACGUAAACCACCACUAAACCAACUUCGAGUGGUUCACCUCGAGGCCCCACAACCUGGCGUAGCAAGGUACCGUAGUCAAUGCUUGCCAAUGAGCUGCUGACGAUCUCUCCCCGACUCCCACAACACGAUGUAGUCUGCAAACAGAAGCUUCUUGCAUUGCAAGAGGGCCGGUAAGUCGUUGAUGAACACAAAAAAGAGUGAACAACUGAGUGCCGACCCUUGCGACACGCGCUGCUCCAGUGGAAGCUUCCUCGACACGUGCUUACCAACACGAGUCUGCACCGUUCGCUCCGUGAGGAAAUUUUGGAUCCACCUCAGCAUAUAAGAACCCACACCUAGGCUCAAGAGUUUUAGCAGCAAACCGGGCCUCCAAACUCUAACAUAGGCUUGAUUGAGAUCGAUGAAUAUCGCUAGCGUCGACUGACCUGGUCGAAUCUUGUUGCCUCACUGGAAGCCGUCCGCCAUCUUCUGCAUGAAUAGUGUCACCUGGUCGAUCGCAUUUCGGUGCUGCCUGAACCCGCCCUGUUCAUGAGCAAUGAGACCUUUCGUUUCUAGGAACCAUACGAGCCGCCUUUCAUUGACCAUGUACAUUUAGUUUCCUCGUGAAAGCACUCAAUGAACUUCAGUAGUUUUUUGCUCUGUUAUCAGCAGCAGACGCCUUGGCUGGCUUGGCCACGUUCGUAGAAUGCCAGUAGGUCGACUUCCACAGGACAUCCUGUAUGGCGAUCUAAUAGAAGGCAGGAGAGCCGCUGGUCGCCCACUUUUACGUUAUACGGAUGUAUGCAAACGCGACAUAAAGCUCUUCAAAAUCGACACUGGCAACUGGGAAGAGGUGGCACUGGACAGAUCCACAUGGAGAGAGAGCAUAAAGGAAGGGUCACGGAUUGCAGAUGUCAUACACAACAGAAGCAGAAAGAAGGGUGAAAAUGCAACGGCGCCUGGUGAUUAUAUAUGCCCAACCUGCGAUCGCAGCUGUGUAUCAAGGAUUGGCCUCUUUAGUCACACAAGAAGUUGCAAAGGGAAAAGAUCGUCUCUCGAGACGUAAAAUGUCACAGAUAGCUUUUUUUUUUCAUUUUCUAUUGUCGCAUUGCUAAUCAUUUUUUGAUGAUUUGUUGGGUUUUUUUUUGGACGUUUGAAGAAACUAGUUUUUCUUUCAGUUCAUUAUGAUUUGCUACAAGAUGGCGAUUUAGAUUAUCAGGUUUCUAACUUUAAUUCGAUAACACAUUCAAACUAAUGACAUAUUGAUACAUUAAACCAGUGAUUCCCAAAGUGGUCUAUAUAGACCCCAAGGGGUCUACGAAAGUAAAAAAAUAAACUGGGGGUCUAUGAGAUGUCCACGAGGGUCUACAAUAAUAGAUUUCAUUUAAGCAGGUCGAGUUACUUAAUGUUCACAUUCCAUUAAUGUAAUUAUUUCAUACACCAAUAUAUGAGUUGUACCCGAGUUAAUCCUUUAAAUAUUUAUCCUGCUAUUCAAACGAAAAAUUGUUGUAAUCAAUUUCAAUACUUAUUUAAAUAGCUUAAUUUUGUCUACAUGUAACUAAUAUAAAGAAAAGAAAUGUAGACAGUACAGCAUUAAUUAUUUAAAAUUCGGAUUCCUUCCUUCUUUGUCAAACAAGCAGUUGCCUCUGUGACUUUUUUAUGAUAUGAACCAGUUACGCUGGAGGAUCAUUUGAUACAAUGCCACCCUGACAAAAAUUAAGAUUUGAAAAACUUUUAAACACUCAAAGUUCAAAAUAGACCCACAAAAUCUCUGUUCGACAUCAUGUAGAGAAGAUGAUGGUUUGUGAGAGUCUUACAAGAUUUCAUUACUUAAAGUAAAAUAAUGGUCACCAUCUCAGCUCAUCUAUGCCUGUGGUUCCUUCUGAGCAUAUGCCAACAACCAGCUUCCUCCAGGCAUCUCGGUUCUGUCCGCACGUCUUGCCCAUCUGGUUGGCAUCUGCUUCCAAAUCGCGGAGACCUGGAGAACCAUCAUCACCACCAUGAAAAAAAAUAAGGUAUUCAUCAAUACCUGCCUGAGGAAGAUUCUUAUAAUCCGCUGGCCAGACAAGAUCUUGAAUGAGGAACUGUGGCAAAGAACAAAGCAGCAGCUCAUUGAAGUAGAUAUCCUUCAGAGACGCUGGAGAUGGAUAGGUCACACACUUCGCAAGUCUGCAUCCAACAUAACUAGGCAAGCCCUAACCUGAAACCCCCAAGGAAAGAGAAAGAGGGGACGGCCCAGGAAUACAUGGCGCUAAGAGUCACCGUCUCUUAAUAUUUUAUUGGGUUGACCAACGAGACCUUUCCCAUGUUUGGGUAUAGUAGCAAGGCAGCAGAGGUUUGAGUUAAGUUUUCCUUCUGUUAGGUGGGUAGCAAGUCAAGGUUAAUGAGCCCUUCCUGCUCAACGCUUACUGGUUUAGGCUCCAAUUACUCGCCUUCGACCCUUCUCCUGUUAAUGAAAACAGUUCCGCAGAUUCAAUAUUUGAGCCACACGUGAAAGAUCAAUAAAUACACGAACAACUGCUCUUUGCGAAACCUUUUACAAUGAUACUUAAGGCAUAUUAAUUAAUUAAUUAAUUAAUAUUUAAUGUUAGGAAAGACUACUUCAUAGAACGACUAAUUCGUAUAUGAAACAUAAUAUCCGUAGUUGUGUAGUUUUAAAUUACCAUUUCACUCUUCAACUCACUACAGUUAGAAAUUUGUUUAAAAAAAUGUUGAUGAAUUUGCAAAAAUGUGCAAGUUGAGCAGGGGGUCUACCAAAAACCAGAAAACAUGGCAAGGGGUCUACGGGACAAAAAAGUUUGGGAACCACUGCAUUAAACAAUGUUAUGAAAAUACGGUUUUAUUUGGCAUGAAUUUUGACACUCUAGCUGUUUAGAAUCAAGUAGGUUUAUUCAUCCAAGUGUGUCUGGCGACAGAUUCCCGGCACAGAGUUUUUUCUGCCUUUUGUUUGAACAUCAGAAAUUCCUUGUCCUGGCGUCUACAAACCAUUUUUCUAGUGGUAAGAAAGAACAUGUCAAAAAAGGUCAACGUAAAAAGGGUCGGGGAGAUGUUAAUGUGUUCUCUGUCAAUCGGAGCACACUAUUCAUACGAGUAAAAAAAAAAAAAAAAACAUAGCGCACGUACGUCUGAAAUGGGGGAAAUGAUCGUCGUGUUAUGGAAGUCGUCUUGCCGGGGAUUUUUUUUAUUUUAUUGUCGUUGAAAUGAUGUCCGUCUGUCACACGAAAGUGGAGAAGAAUGUUUUUAGUCAAUAUUGUUGCGGAUACCUCUAGAGAAAACAGUUGACAAGAACUUAUCAGAAAAUGAAACAAUGUUUAAUGCUUAAAAUAUUAAAGUUUUCAAGCAUUGUUAAUGUCUUUUUACUGUAUCACCAUUCAAACAUGGAUCAACUUCAAGGAGAAAAUAACUUUUUUUUUUUGCUACUUAAAAAAGAUUGACAGGUUCCGUCUCUACCCUUUUUUUUCUUCGUCAAAACCUCACACCCCCUUGAGAGGACCUCUCGUCCCCUAACGGUCUAACCCGCAGCUUGAGAUACGCUGAAAUAAAUUAAUGGGGAUUUCUUAGAUGAAUUAAAAAGGAAGCAUAUAGCCAUAAUUGUAGAUGCAACAACUAAAUUGCGCUUUAUUUUUAGUUCCCUUGUCUUAGAAUUUAUAUUUGGCACAUUUAAUUCCAAUAUGCAUUAAAAUAUAUACCCGUAUUGAAAACAUUAAAAUCAAAACAGGUAAUGACACAAGAAAACCUAUGUAUUAUAUCAUCAACAGCAUGUUACAGACACAGGGAAAAGACAAUGUUCUUAUCAAUUAAUGCUAAUCAAAUAUAAUUCUUUUUUUUUUUUUUUGUAUACACUUAAUGAACUUCUACCUACAAAGAUAAACAUCAAAUUAAUAGAUAAUACAUUAUUUCAAUGCUAAGAUACAUUGUAAGCAGAGGUGUAGUCAAGGGGGAGGGGGCGCCACACGCAGAGAGGUGCAAAAAAAAAUAUUGUAGAUAUAUUAGUUAGGUAAUACAUUCUACGUUUAUUUGUAUUAGAUUAUUAUAAUGUUGUUGUUUUUUUCAAUUUUGUGCUUUCAUUAUUAUUUCUUUGCUGGAUGUAUAUUGAAUGUUCUUUUGUAAUUAGUUAUCAUUAAAUAAGAACAAUCUGGUAUAAACUUUGACACAUGUAAAUUAUGAGUGAGUCUGGUGUGAAUGUACACUUUGGUUUCCUAUAGUUACAAUGUUUUUUUGUUUGGUGUAAUGCACAAAUUGUAAGACAAAUUUCCAUACGGACAAUAAAGAUUAUUAUUAUUAAUUUA